CGCUAAUUUAGCGCGUUAUGAGCUACAGCUGCCUUGACCCCUCCCCCCUCUAUUCACCGCCCGCGCACACCGCAAUAGCACAGAGGCCCUACAACAACAACCUACACUAUCAACAUCCACAAAUCUACACUAUCAACAUCCACAAAUCUACACUAUCACCAAACAGACGACACUAUGGCGUACAACUUUGUGCGUUCAUACAUAGACACGUUCCGGGAGCGGACUGCCGCCAUCAGCCACACCUCCACAUUCCGCGAGACUGGGCAGAUUACACCAGAGGAGUUCGUCCUUGCAGGAGACUUCCUGGUCUUCAAAUUUCCUUCAUGGCAGUGGGCAGACGCUUCGUCACCAGCUAAGCGCGUUUCAUAUUUGCCAGAGGGAAAGCAGUUCCUCGUCACUCGUGGCGUCCCAUGUCACCGUCGUUUAGACGACAACUUCGCUGGAGAAGCCGGACAAGACGAGACAAUAGUUGGCGAUGGCUUCACAGCUGGCGAAGGUGGCACAGAUGAUGAUGGCUGGCUGAGGACGGGCGGCAUGGCGGCAAGCCAGGAAGCCAAGGUGCGCGAUGUUAGGACCGUCGAUGAGAGUGGCAAUCUUGGCGCGGCAGAGGAGGAGGACGAGAUCCCAGACAUGGAGGACGAUGAAGACGACGAAGAGGCGAUCAUAAGAGAUCCACAGGCUGGUUCAAACACGCAAGCUCCUCUACGAACGUACACCCUCUACAUCACAUACUCCGCGCAUUACCGAACUCCGCGUCUUUACCUCUCCGGCUACAGUUCGACGUCCGUACCACUCAAGCCACAAGAGAUGAUGGAGGACAUCGUGGGCGACUACAAGGACAAGACAGUCACAAUCGAAGACUUUCCCUUCUUCGAGCACGCCCUCAAGACUGCUUCAGUGCACCCUUGCAAGCACGCUUCAGUAAUGAAGGUGCUACUCGACCGGGCCGAUGCUGCUCUGAAGCUACGACUUGCAAAGCUCAAGGCAGGCAAGGACGUCAGCAAGCUCGACAGCGGUAUGGAGGCUCUUGUGGAUGACACCAGGCUUCUCAAGCUCACCGAGCAAGCAAAGAGCAAGGGCAGCGAUGAAGCCAAGGACGACUGGGAAGUACUAGAGGAGCAGGAUGACGAAGUCGCGAUCCGGGUGGAUCAGUACCUUGUUGUCUUCUUGAAAUUCAUGGCCAGUGUAACGCCCGGCAUCGAACACGACUUCACGAUGGGCGUAUAAAGGCCGAAAUUCCAUGAAUUAUGUGGCGUUCUGGGUGCUUUCGUUUUCCUGAGCGGCUUUGAAAUUUUGUUAGAGACAACCAGCAUGCUAGGCGCAAUUACUUGAGAAGUGACUGCAGAAGGGAAGCACGUCAAUUCUUGUUUUCGAAUAAACAUUUGUGAUUGGUAGGAAUUGACCUGCUUUGUAUGGUUCAUGUU